ACAAGAAGACAGAUCAGAGACGGGUGAGUGAGGACAGGUGCGGCACCAACCAGCAGCAACCCAUCUACCCUAGCCAGUGGCCACGCCGAUGCGGCGCACACGGGCUACUCCUACCUGCAUGGGUACAAAACUGACAAUUUGUCACUUACCCGCACCAACGCCUCCAUUAAUAGUUGAAGCUCUCCGUCGAGUUCCCUCCCUACCAGCUCCUCCUCCUACUCGCACCAGCAUCAUCAUCAUCAGUUGGUUAGCUGCGAGCUCCUCAAGAUGCAUGCUACCAGAUAGGUGGCGGUACAGGGCUGGGGAGUGCGCGCGCGCGUGUGUUGGUUCGUCGCCAUGGUUGCAGAGAUGGGAGAAGCAGCGCCGGCAGCAAUGGUGGAAACAGAAGUGGUGCCAGGGGCAGAGGGCAGCCAUGGCGAGGCGCUGAUGGUGCUGGAGACUCUGGCGUCGUCUUCGCUGGCCUGCUCCGUCCCGCAGUUCCCGACCAAGUGGAAUUCCGUCAAGGACAAGCUCCGCCAGCUCUGCUCCGGCCUCAGUUUGCUGCGCGGCAAUGGCGGCCACGGCGAGGAGGAGGAGGACGAGAAGGGGGAGGAAUAUCAUGUGCUGGUUCAGUUUCUGCAGUCUGCUUCGGCCACCGUGAGGGGCAUCCUGGACGUGGCCUCGCAGUGCAGCGACGGCACGUACGGCGGCGGGCGGCUGCGCCUGCGGAGCGACAUGGACGGCCUGAGCACCAAGCUGGAGGCGCACGUGCGGCAGCUCAAGGAGAUGGCCUCCACCGGCGCGGCCACGUCGCCGUCGCAGGCCAUCGUCGCGGUGCGGCCGGGCGCCGACGCGGGCGUCGCCGAGAAGCGGUUCUUCCUCAAGGACCUCUUCUCCCGGAUCAGGAUCGGCGGGCCCGUGCAGCGGGCGCAGGCGCUGGCCACCAUCGCCGAGCUCAUGUCGGAGGACGAGGCGUGCGUGCGGGUGGUGGCGCUCGACGUGGACGACGGCGUCGCCGUGCUCGCCGGCUUCCUCGAGUCGCGGGACCCGCGCGUCCAGGAGGAGGCCGCGGGCGCGGUGGCCGUCGUGGCGGGGUCCGACUCGUACAGGGGCAUGCUGGUGAAGGCCGGCGUGAUCGCGCCGCUGGUGCAGGUGCUGGAGAACGCGGGCGGCGUGGGCGCAGCCACGGCGCUCGCCAGGGAGCGCGCGGCGCAGGCGCUGCGGGAGCUGACGGAGAACUCGGACAACGUGUGGGCCGUGUGCGCGCACGGCGGCGUCACGACGCUCCUCCACGCCUGCGCCGACGCCGGCAGCGGCGGCCGGCUGCUCAGCUCCUCCUUCGCCGUGCUCCGGAACCUGAGCAGGGUGGAAGAAGUAAAGAUGUUCAUGGUGGAGCAGGGCGUGGUGACCGAGCUGGUAAAGCUCUCGCAGAAGAUGGAGGAGGUCCGCAAGCUCGGCGCCGUGGAGCUGCUGCACGCCAUGGCGCUCGACGACGCCGACGUGAGGGAAGAAGCCAUCAGCAUGGGGGUGAUCCAGUCGCUCCUCCAGCUGAUAUACCCGGACCUCCCCUACUCCUACAAGGCGCGCGAGGUGGCCCUCGCGGCCAUCUGGUUCUUCUGCUUCUCCUCGGCGAGCUCCAUCGACGACCUCACCAGCUCCGACGUGCUGGGCUGGCUGCUCCACUACCUCAACAACGGCGACUACGCGGUGCUGGACUGCACGCUCAAGAUCCUCCGCCACCUCGCGGAGGCCUCGGAGGAGUACAGCCGGAUGAUGGCCCGGGCCGGGUACUUCCCCGCGCUCGCCGGCCUGCUCGCCGCGAAGUCCUUCCGGGUGCGGGAGAUGGCGGCGCAGGUGCUGUCCAGCCUGCUGGCGCUGCACGGGAACCGGGUCAUCUUCAUCCAGGACGGCGACAACCUGGACCGGCUGCUGCAGCUGCUCGACCCGUCCGAGGGCAAGCUGAUGGCCAAGGGGCUGAUCCUCUCCGCCGUCACGUCGCUGGCCGAGACCGGCGCCGGGAGGAAGAAGAUCGUGUCGUCGGAGCACUUCGGGAGCCUCAAGGAGCUGGCCGACUCCGGCGACCCCGACGCCAAGAAGGUCGUCAAGAAGAUCGCCAACAGCAGCAGGCUGCAGUCGAUGUUCAGCAAGAUAUGGAGCGCCUAAGUUAUUCAGUUUUGCUGACACUCGUUUCUUACUCAGAUGUCUUUACUAAACACCCCUUUGAUUUAGCGUUAGUACAUUUGAUUUGCUGUCCAUAGUUUCUGCAUAUCUACAUCCAACCAUCAGUGUGCUUCCCUUGUGCUGUACAUUGCAACUUCAGUGAAAUUCAAGUUUUGUCAUCA